AUGGAUAUGAAUCGUGGAUACCCGUUUCCCGGAGAGGUGCUGGAGCGAAGGCACUCUGAUACGUGCAUUCCGCAGCAACCACCCGUGCACAUGCAAAUUGCUCCUAAACAACCCCAUACUCAUAACGCCGAAUAUACCCACCCACACUUCGCCAUGAUAUACCUCGACCACAACGGUCAAUGGCAACUACAAGCCUCGCCCUCAAUCGCAGGCUGCGAAGGCGCCAUCUUCACACCAGAUGUCACAAACAAAUUCAUAGAAAUGACUGGCCAGGCCCCACAAACCAAUCCGCAGUUCACAAACCCAACCCAAGCACCCCACUCCCCUUGGGACGAGCAACCAUCUUCGGGAUGGGCACAAACCGGUCAGGCGAGACCGGCCGAGAUGAUUCCGUUUCAAUGGUCCUCACAGCAAAGCCGUAAAAAGUCAAAGCGGUCCGGCGGUAUGUCCAAGGCUCGACCUAAAUCUAGCUCGCCGCCGCCUACUACACCUCCACCCGGGCGGACUGUCCUUCGCGUCGGUAACCGGGCACUGCUGCGACGGUACUACGAGAAGGCAUUCGAGGAUUUCCAGCAGCUUAACUGCCGCGCUAUUGCAAAAUCAUACAUUAAGCUUGUCGAGCCGAGGAAGCAGGUUCAUUACCCGUACAACGGACGCAGGGUUAUUGCCGGCGUCUCACAGCGUGUUGACCCGGAGUUCACCAAGCCUGCGUGGUGGCCUGCUGGUGUCUUACACAAGGAGCCUGAUCAUCUCCUCAAGCCUGACCGACUGCGACUUCUUGUUCAUAUCCUCUGUGAACUAAAGGAUAGCCACGGAGUCACAACAGACAAACUGCGAGAGGCUGGCCAAGAUUACCUGGAUGGUGAAAUCGAUGCCAGUACCUUGAUUCAGGUCACACAGACACAUCUACCAGAAGCAAUCUUCCCAGACAGCGAUGAACUAUCAUCCCGUGCACACGCAGCACCUGUAACAGGUCCUGUGGUUGAGGUCGAACAUGACAUGCACGACGCAGGUGAUAACCCCGGCAUUCCUGCGCUGGAAGAAGAUGACUCAAAGCUACACCACUCGCAUAGUCUGCCCCUCUCACCCACCACUAGCGAGUCAAGUGGUCCACAAAGCCCAACAGGCAGUUUCGGCUACCCAAUUGGUAUGGCACCAUCAGUGCAUGUAAUACCCCCUCUCGAAUCUGCCAAUGUCGCAAAAUCUAUGCAUCCAGACCCGAGUUAUCUGUCUGGCUACUACUCGCAGCCAUUUGUAUCUGAUAAAGGGCCCGAGUUCUGGUCACAUGCCAACCCAGCAUCGCAGUUUGGAUAUUGA